GUGGACAGCAGCGCGCACUCACGUCUCCACUGAGCUGCGACCACACAGCGCAUUUGACGAAAGUGCUUGGACCUUUAUUGAUUCCCAAGAGGAGCCCAUCCUAUGUAUUGUCUAUUUAUUGAGCCUUAUUUCAUCAGACUCUAACAACUGAAAUUGUGGUGAACUGCUGGCGAAUAAACGUCUAAAUCAAGAAUAUGGAUCCGCUUUACACAACAACGGAUGGCCCAUACGAUACGAUGAAAAAUGUCUCGUCCAACUUCACGGAUUUAUAUUCGAAUCAGUUUGUUCAGCCUGUCUGGCAGAUUGUCAUCUGGGCAAUUGCCUACUGCAGUAUAGUCAUCGUGUCCGUGGUUGGAAAUAUUGUGGUGAUUUGGAUAAUUCUUGCGCACAAACGGAUGAGGACAGUCACCAAUUAUUUUUUGGUGAACCUGGCUUUCGCCGAAGCGUCAAUGGCAGCCUUCAACACCGUGAUAAACUUCGUAUACUCGGUGCACAAUGAGUGGUACUUCGGAACAGGGUACUGUGGAUUCCACAACUUCUUCCCAAUUGCCGCAGUCUUCGCAAGCAUUUACUCUAUGGCCGCGAUAGCUCUGGAUAGGUACAUGGCUAUCAUCCACCCCCUACAGCAGCGCCUGUCCGCCGUCGAGACCAAGGUGGUGAUAGGGGUAAUAUGGGUCUUGGCCCUGCUCCUCGCCUUCCCUCAGUAUUUCUAUUCCAGCACAGCGGAACUUCCCGGCCGCGUCGUUUGCUACUUAGACUGGCCCGAGUACAAGAUAUGGGAUUUCAAACUGACUUAUCAGAUCUGUGUGAUGGUGCUCAUCUAUAUCCUUCCUCUAUUCGUCAUGGCUAUUGCCUACCUGGUGGUGGGCCUGCACCUCUGGGCCAGUGAAAUCCCCGGCGACUGCACCGACCGCUACCGUGAGCAGCUCACUGCCAAACGCAAGGUGGUGAAGAUGAUGAUAGUGGUAGUGUGCACUUUCGCUCUAUGUUGGCUGCCUUACCACGCUUACUUCCUGCUGCACGAGUUCUACCCGGACGUGUUUGAGGAGCGCUACAUCCAGCAGGUCUACCUGGCCGUCAUGUGGCUGGCCAUGAGCUCCACAAUGUACAACCCCAUCAUCUACUGCCUGCUCAACGACAGGUUCCGUGCAGGGUUCCAGCAGGCAUUCCGCUGGUGCCCCUGUGUUCCAGAGGGUUCCUACAAGAGUCUGGAACUCAAAUCCACCCGUUACCUUCAGACACAGAUCAGCAUGUAUCGCGUCAGUCGCAUGGACACCACCGUCUCCACGGUGAUGCCCUUUGGAAACCCAGACCACACCGAACCGCUUCAGGAGGACCCGGUCUCCCAGAACCACACCACCCUGGACUUCACCGGUCUGCCCAACGGAUCCUCCCACACAGCUGUAAACUUCGCCGGUCUGCCCAACGGACCCUCCCACACCGCUGUAAACUUCGCCGGUCUUCCCAACGGAUCCUCCCACACCGCUGUAAACUUCGCCGGUCUGCCCAACGGACCCUCCCACACCGCUGUAAACUUCGCCGGUCUUCCCAACGGAUCCUCCCACACCGCUGUAAACUUCGCCGGUCUGCCCAACGGAUCCUCCCACACUGCAGGCAAGAGCAGCCUGACGCCGUCGCCCACCACCACCUGGACCAGCGAGGACUGAGGGCCGCCCAGGGGAGAGAGAGGGGCCAGGGGCGAGGGCAUCACCCCCCCCCCCCCCCGCCCAACACAAACACACAUACACACAGGAGCCCUACUUCAGAGCCAGUUCUGCUGGGACAUUGCAACAGGUGCCAACAUCUCACUCAGUAGGUCAGGCAGGCCUUGAGCUCUCAGUCUGAGAGAGGCUCCGUUCACCUUUCACCUGGACUCUAGGGGUAUGCACGUAGCAGGACUCCGGACAUUAGACUCUGGGUAUGCACGUAGCAGGACUUUGAAAGGAGUUGGCGAGAAUCUGCCUCGUCUGUAUUGCAAGGGCAGGUUUUUUGGAAGGACGUGCUAAAGAGUUGGAAUUGGCGAGUAUGUGAGCCAGUUAAUACGUUUGUGGUCGUGAGAUGACAUUGACAUUUGGCCACAUUGUAAAUAGUAAAGUGCAUGGCAAAAGACAGCUUAAACCAUUUCAUCACAUACUGUUCUCCAGAGACAUGAAGUAUGUCAGUGCAAGCAAUGAAGGCUGCAGGCAUUCUCAAACCAUCUUGAUGAGAGUGAAUGAGCAGUCUACUCCACACACACUAGACUAGUGGCCUGGCAUAGCUCACCCUUAAACUGGGCCUCGGGCCCGGGAACAUGUACUGUAUGACACUGACCAGACCCUGUUUUGGGAAAUUGACGUGGUGUGUUUGCUUGGCACAUCCACCCUUCCCGCCACCCAUAGCAACAGAGUUCAUCUGUCCAUCAAAGCCGUUGACAGGAGUGACGGAACUCUUGAGGCGCCGGGAUUUGCACCUGUUGUUGUAGAUUAACUCAGCGCCGGAGGCAACAACGACAGCGGCGGUGGAAGAGCGUUUGACACACACACACACACACACACACACACACACACACACACACACACACACACACACACACACACACACACACACACACACACACACAAUAAUCCAUGCAGGGCAGAACUGGGCGUCUGAGGUUUACUCAGCCAGGAGCAGGAGAUGAGAGAGGGGGGCGGAGCAAAGCAGAGACGGACGGCACGGCCAGUCUGUGUUGUCCCACGGAACACAAACAGACAUUCUAUCCCGCCGCACGGGGCCAAGGUCUCCACCAAAAUAACCUCAUCCUGAUCCAGCUUACAUAAGACAGGCAUUCUGUGAGCCUCUGCCUGGCACAAGCUAGAGUUGUGAAUGUAUUUCAUGUGUGUUAUGACUGUGCAAAUACUGCUCCAUUUUGCUUCAGUGUGUGUGUGUGUGUGUGUGUGUCUGUGUGAGCAUGCAUGUGUGUGUGAGUGUGUGUGUGUGUGUGUGUGUGUGUGCAUACCGAAUGCAUAUGUGUGUGCUGGACUUAGUCAUCUUUGUAAGUGCCCACACCAGCCUUCAUCUCAGUGAGUGUGUUACAGGCACUGCCCCCCCCCCCCCCCCCCCCCCCCCACACACACACACACUCUUAGCCCAGCUUCCCGGCAGGCAGGCGGUGAUGAAACAUGCUGGUGGCCUCUGGCUGUGUUGGAAAGAGCUUCUGGCACCUGGACGCCUCGAAUACCAACCACCCCCACAUCCAGCCACACCGCACCACACCGCACAGCAGCGCAGAGCGCCCUGACAGGACGGACAGACCGACAGCUUCAUUACCGAGAGUGCACUUCCCUCAGCAGACCAUGUCGGUGCAGUGCAUCCACACAGCCAUUAAAUAUACAGCAAAAGGCUCUGGGGACAAGUGUGUGUUUUGUGCACAUAAUCGUGUAUGUGUGUAAGCACUGUAGUAUUACUGUAAUACACUGCACUAAUAGGAGAUUUUAAAUAAGUAGAGAAAAACGGCAGUGGGAGUCUUAUUUAAUUUUCAGUUUGUUGUACUUGAAUGUUCUGGUAAUCCAAUAUGGUCCAUAUGGCUAUUAUUGUAUCUUUAGCAGACUACACUGGUUAUAAACAGAGAUGGGACUGUUUUUAUUAAUAGCCAUGCAUCUCUCUCAUUGCAUUGCAUUUGUUCUGAUGGUUUUUUAAGUGUAUUUGAGAGAAUAUACAUGUCUGGGUUCUUAUGUAUAUGUUUGGGUUUGAUUAGAGAUAUGAGGUCACAAUAAGGUUCACUGUUGCUUUGUGUGUGUGUGUGUAUGUGCGUUUAUGUGUGUGUGUGUGUGUGUGUGUGUGUGUGUGUGUGUGUGCGUUUUCAUGUGUGUUUGUGCGUGUGAUGAGGAACGAGGCAGGGGUAGACAGUGAGACAAUGAGACAAAGAGAGACUGUAGUCUUUUUUUGUACCCUAGUAUUUGUGUGUUUGUGUGUGUGUGAGUAUUUAUAGUCCAGCUCAACAACAGCUGCUGCAGAGAGGGUUCAAGCGGAGUAAUCAAGGAUCUUUGGCUGCUGGAGGCCCACAGAAUGGGUUCUCUGGCUCUGUCGGACAGAUGCUGCCGCAGCUUUGAUGUUCACGGCACAACACAGGAGGGGUCGCCACCCAAGCAGUAUCACUGUCAUACCAGCUGCUACCUGGCCACCAUGUCCAUCAUGAACCCCCCCCAUCCCCACCACCUUCACCAGAGGUUAUUUGGGGUGGGGAAAGGGGAGGGCCACAGGAGCAGCUACAGCAGAGACCAUCAUCCAUCAUUUUAUUCAUAGACUGAAAUCAACAUUGCCACGCAGGGUCUCUCAGUGUAGUCUGGCGCAGGAUGGAGAAGGGUUGAUAAAAAGGUUGUGAGUGUGUGUGUGUGUGUAUGCGUGUGCGUGUGUGCCUGUGCGUGUGUAUGUUUCUUUCUCUCUCUCUCUUUCUCUUUCCCUUUCCCUCCCCUCUCACUCUCGCUCUCUCUGUGUUCCCUGUGUGUGUGUGUGUGUACCGUCUGUGACGUGCAAAUGCCUACAGAGAUGUAUAUCCUCUCACAGCAGCUCUGAGCAUGAAAGGCUUUAAUCUUCCUUUUUUUUACCUCAUCAAAGAAAAUCAUCACGCCUGGUAAACCUCUGUUGAAAAUCAUUACAGCGGGUAAACCUCUGUUGAAAUAUGUAUUUAUACACUUUGUGUACACUUG